CAUCACCCACCCUGAUCCGCUGCAGACUUGAUUGCUCCAAUUCAUAGGCUGGAAGGGAGGUUUUACUUUCAGUCAGUCACCCUAUUGCCUCGGCCGCUUCGAGAAGUUUGUUGAUUGCUCUGCAACUAUCGCAUCGGAUCAAAGUCGAAGGUACCUACACUGAUCGCAACUCGACAGAAACGGCAGCCAUUGUGAGCAUCGACUCACAGUCAUCACUCCACGCUACAUACCCAUUUCUGACACAAUUUGGCGGGCGCACAAUAGCCCUAGCCCUCAAGAAUGAAGCUUUUCGGGUGGAUCUCGGUCGCAUUCCUCGCCUCGACGGCUUUAUCAUUAGAGACAGCGGCACCCUCAAUCGAGACACUGCCAUUCUCGCAGCCUCAAGUUGCCGAGUCUCGACGCAGCGCAUUCGAGGUGCUACAGAUUCUAAGAAAGCGGGACGGCAACUGUCCAUCUGGUUAUGACGGUUGUUCCAAGCUGGGUCACUCCGAUAUCUGCUGCAAGGACAAUACCAUCUGUACUCGUGACGAUGCCAACAAUAUCGCCUGCUGCCCGACCGGAGCUAGUUGCACGGGGACGCUAUCUGCGACGGGGACCGGAGUAGUCGUGGUCGGAGAUUCUACCAGCAGCUUCCGAUUCCCUCAGACAGCCAGCGCUACGCAAACCACCGCCGGGCCGACCAGUGUCACCCUCACGGGCUCAACUCUCGCAGCCGCCUACCCAUUCGUCGUCAUCCCGACCUCGUUCUCCAAUGCCCAGGUCUGCACAUCCUACUAUUCCUUAUGCCAGAGCGAGUAUACCGGCUGUCUGUCACAGCUCGGCGGGGGGUAUGCAGUGACGGUUGCCGUAGACGGCGGUUCGGGGACGACUCGGGCAGGCGUCUCAGCAGCUAUGUCGACAUGCUCUAGUCUCAGUCUGGAGGCUUGCCAUGGCCUGAACAUUGGAUACUGCGCGGCAUACACCACCGGCGUUUACGAGAACCGAGCGACAGGACCCAAACGCACUUCCAGCCUUGAGGACCUUCUCUUCGGCAUGUUCAUCGGAGUGGCUGGAAUGUUCAUGUGAGGUUGCUCUACGAGGAGUCGGGCUUCAUGUCGAUACGUACGGAAUAUGGAUAUAUAUGCUUGCUGGCAAUUUUCAUGACUGAAUUGGUUGGGAUGCGAAUGGGAUGACAAUUGAUGACCGGUUUCGAAACUCUUGGCAGUCUUCGGAGCUUUUGACGCUUAUAUAUGGCCCUGGAUCUUCGGUGGGAUCUGGCUUAUGAAAUGAUUUGACGACGAUGUGCUAUGUUUGGAAGUUUUUAGGCUAACAUGACUGUGAUGUAUUCGCGGAGAAUCUUGUAUAUAAGAA